AUGGACAAACUCUCCGGACUCGCAUCCAAGCUCGGCGGCAGCCACGGCAGCAGCGGCAGCAACAACAACAACCAGGAAGACUACGUCGACAAGGGUGUCGACAACAUCGAGAGCAGAUUCGGCGCCGACCCCCAGAAGCUGCGCUCCACCAACGAGAAGGCCACCGACUUUGCUCGCAACAAGUUCGAGAGCUCCACCGGCCACAACGUUCCCGACAAGAUCUCCAACUAG